CACCAUCAUCAUCAUUAUUGUCCUGCAUACGGAAUACGGGCCACGGCAUAUCUGCAUCGUCAAAUCUCGACUAUUGCUCUUUACAGAAAGCCACCUGCUCAGUCAUCAUGAGAACAUCAAUUUGCUGCUAACCCUCCAGCAGUCCCUCAAUUCCGUCCCUGGGUUCAGUUGUCACCCGAAUGUCGCUUAUCUGACUGCACCGUCCUUCCGAGUGAGGACUGGCAUUCAGUUCAUCAUCUUAGCCGCAGCUACCAGUUCCUACCCCUCUUCUCCCGUCGUGCGUUUUGCAUGAAAGUUGGCGAUUCUUCAGCUUCUCGGUUCCUGACCAGUUCUGAAGAGUGAGGCAGAGGCCACUCACCGCAAUGUCUGCUCUGCACUCAGCUUUGAAGGCUCUCGGUCCCUGCGACUGGUCGGACAUACCUCAGAAACCAGAAGCGUUGGAGCCGUUCCUUGCCGACCUCUUCGAACAAGCACAAUGCAUAGUCGAGUCUAUCCCUAUACCCGAUCCCGACCCUACUCAGCGACAACGCCCGAAAACCAUAGGCUCCGCUGCCUCCAAUGCCUCUGAGAUCACAUCCUCUUCCGCUCGAAGUCCUCCUCCACCGCCAGAGUACGCAUCGCUACAGAAGGAAUGGGGAAAGCCCAUCAAGCUGUCCGCCAAAGAAAAUCCUCUGGAGAUAUCAGUAUACAAAACCGGCAGCAAAGAUGGGAAAGGCUCUUGGUUCGCUCGUAGGAGUGUACACGAAGGACUAGGCUUUAGUCGGUUCAAGAGAGGCUUUGAGAGGGAAUUUCCCACGUCUCUGGCCGUGCAGGGUGCGCCAGGUGAGGGCAAUAUCAGAGGCAUAGGCGCAGAAACCCGAGUGGAAGAAAUCACAGUUCCGAAUAGGGGCAAGGUUGAAGUCUAUCGGCUCAGUGCUCAGUUUCCUGGACCUACCACUCCUAGAGAUUUUGUCACUCUGCUCGUCACAUCUUCCAAGGCAUUGCAGCAGCAUGGCAAUGCCCAUAGAUCUCCUGACCUGGCUCCUCGACAUUACAUGAUCAUCUCCAAACCCUGCAAUCACCCCGAGACCCAGCCUCAAAACGGCUUCAUUCGAGGGCAAUACGAGUCGGUCGAGUUCAUUCGAGAGAUUCCUAGGAAGUUGAAAGCCACUACGUCUUCGACAGAUCUGAGCAGUUUGGGACACCACAGGGAGCCUUCGUUAGAGAAAGAUGUGCUCAAACACAAUGCUGAGAAACAGCUGGCUUCGUCUGAACAUGACCUGCACGACAACAGACAUCUACAGGUUGAUAUGCAGGGCUCUGCACGCCGAGAACUGUCUCCGGCGAGUAGAAAGAGAGGUGCAACAGUUGGUGCCCCUCUUAGUCCCAUCCGAAAUGAACACUCUGGCGAACAUUAUGACCCCGAAGAACAUCCCGUGGAGUGGAUUAUGGUCACUCGAAGUGAUCCAGGUGGAAGUGUUCCACGAUUUAUGGUUGAAAGAGGUACUCCGUCCAGUAUCUGUUCGGAUGCUGUGAAAUUUCUGGAUUGGGCUUGUCAAAGAGAAGACGACGAGGAAUUUGUGGACGGACCCGCGUCAAGGCCAAAGGCGCAACAUCGAGAAAGUUUUGCAAGCUGGGAAGCGAAUGGGACGCUGGCUGGUAUACGAGAGCUCGAGGAGAGCACGCAACCGAAAGAAGCACAGACACCCAAAGCAGUACCACAAGAUUCCCAGCGGCCGACGUCAUCUCCUUCAAAUUUCAUGUCGACAUUCGCAGAGACGUUGAACAAUUACACGCCUCAAGUCGUGAAAGAUCAUGUCCCAAACUUGACUCCACUGACUAGUCCCCCGUUUGGAGCCAAGCAAGAGGAAGCGAACCAGGACAGUACCCAACCGGUAGGGCAACCAGGAGUAGAGCACGAUGAUGAUGCCUCGUCGUCGGUCUCGACACUUUCAUUUGCGUCUGCCGGUUCCCAUCUCAAUUCCGACGAGGAUCCUUCCACCUCGUCCAAGUCUUUGUCAGAGAACACGAUCGACAUUCAACAGCUCUCCCAACACGACAAAGACCUUGCAAAGCUUGCUGAACGUAAGGCGGCUUUGGACGCCAAAUUCGCCGAGCAGCGCGAAAAGCUGUCGAGUCAGGCAAGUAAGGACAACGAGAAAGAGAAUGAAGCCAUGAAAAAGGCGCAAGCGAAGCAUGAGAAGGAGCUCAAGAAACAAGAGGAUAGAUACAACAAAGAAGUGGCCAAGCUGGAACAAAAAAAGACCAAGGAAGCCAAGAAGAUGGCGGAGAAGAAGCGAAAGCAAGUGGAGAAAGACGAAAAGACUCGUCUCACACGUGAACGUGAUGAGGCCAGAGCGGAGCUUGAGCUUCUGAAGAAAGAGCAAGAGAUCUUUACUCGCCAAAUUGGCGAGUUACAGAAAGAAAAUACAGCACUCAUGGCGCAUAUCGGCAAACUCGAGGGAGGACUGCCAGCAGACAGCCCGAACAGCAGCCCGUCCCAGAGACUCCGAGCAAUGACUAUGGGCUCUGAGAAUCGGAAUCGCAGUUCGAGUAUUCUGAGUCGGGGGAAGAACAAGACCGAAACGAGCAGUGUUGGAUCAUGAGAAACGAGGUUCGAUGCUGAGUGGAAACCUGAAAAUUCUUCUUGUGACGACCAGAGCCUGAGUGAUGACCAUAGGAGCGCCGAUAUAGUGCAUAUCAUUAUGACUUCAAAGCAAUUCUGGCAUAAUUCGUUGCAAGUCGCC